CGUGGGUCUCGUGAAGAGGUGCAGACCCCUUCAUGCCGUCAUAAGUGCACGGCCAAGUCGAGAUGCACCAAUGACAGGAUGCUCCCAUCACCACCCCAUUCUCCAAAUGCCAUUGUCGACGCAUCUGGACUGCGUUGAUCCUGGCUGCCCAGCUGGACGAGUCGCUGAAUUCUGUUGUUUGCAUCGAUAAGAGGAGGAAUUGUCGGGGUUGUUGGGGGUAUUUAAGCUGGGAAAUUAGACUCACCGCUAGAUGUGUAGGCGGCAGACGUACUAAUGUGGCAGGUCUGGAGUGUGACAAGCUCAACCAGCCAAUCUAUGCAAGGCAGAGAGACGCUGCGCUGCACCUCAACCAAGCAAGGCAAGCAAGCAAGCUGCCUACUGCAUAAUUUUACCCUUUCCCUUUGAACCCUCGACCCCUCCACCACAACAAUCUAUCCUACACAUAAGCUCUACCUACCCUACUCCCUUCCUACCUUCCUAACACCAACUUCCUCCUCGUCGUCCUCCUCCUUCUCGACAGAGCGCAAACAAAGGGGAGAAGGACGUCCACUGGAAAGGAAGGGUCGCAAUGACACGAGUAAUCGUCUACUCCGCUGCGCUCGUCGCAUUCAUUGCAGGUACGUCACCAGCUUCCCUUGGCCUUCGCGCAUACCACCAAGUACAGCACAACUUCGAUCCACAAGAGACUGACUAACACGUCCGCCCAGCAACCGCAAUGACCUUUGCAUCCAUCUUCAUUCCCGACUGGAUCACCUACACUACCACCACCGCCCCCUCAACGCCCUCCUCUCCCUCGCACACCUUCACCAAAGUAAUCGGUCUCCACCGGAGCUGCGAAAGCGAACAUGGCUGUGCCCACUUCCCCACAGUCGAGGACUGCUCCGGCACCGAUCGGUAUUUCUGCUCCAUGUGGCGAUCCGUGGGCUUUCUAAUGUCCUUUGCGGCGGUGUUGGAGCUGGUUACGCUGGUGGCCUAUUUGGUCGUCAUCAAUGGGGGCAAGCAGAAGAGAGAAGCGGGGUGGAAGGUUUUGUCCUUCCUGCUGGUACUGGUGGGGGUGGUGCAGUGUGCCAGUAUGGCUAUUGUGGUAUGUUCCACCACGUUCACCUCCUUGUUUUUGGUGGGGUGGACGAGAAUUGCCGUUCUACAGUGUUGGGGCUAUUCGUGCUAAUGUGUGUGGGUUUGGUGACAGGCCUACUUGUUUGACAACGAUGAUCGAUUUUUCGUUGGCUGGCAGCUCGACAAGAGUUUUAUUCUUGUCACUGUUAGCUGGAGUAUUGCGAUCCUUUCGGCGGGCUUUAUAUCCUUAUCCGCGUUCGUAUUUCCGGAAGAGGGCGAUUAUGAACUUAUUCCACCAAGUGAGAACGAGAUGUAUCGAUGAGAUUUUGUUGUUGUUCAAAGUUACGAGUGAUGGUUGAUGGUUGGUGAUUAUGGAGAGAUGUCUUUGCAUUUUAUGGCGUUUGAAGGACGGAAAUUGAUUGAAGGGGGGGUACAGUACACAUGUGAGUUUUUAUCGUGGAUGGAGGGUGAUAUAAAAUUGGGUUGUCUUUCAUUUGAAGGCUGGAAGAUGGAUGGGAAAGGAUCAUAAUCCGUCCGCCAAUCCAAGGGGUAUUUCCUAUUCGUUGAAAUUCUGAAGGUGGAUGUCGGAACGUUUUUCGCUAUAGCAUAUGGUUAUUUUCCUUCAGUUGGCAGAUUCCUUCUCGCAUUGCAGAAUCAUACCCCUUGGGAUACGGUUGUGUUUUGUUGGCUUUUGGUCUCACCAAGCAUCUGUCCUAUUGUUCUUCGGUACCUUCGCCUUUCUUGAUUUCGAGUCUGGGAUUUUUGGAGCAUAGCGAUUGCAUGUU